GUAAUCUCUCAGUUAAAAUUAAUAUCCUCCAUAGUAUGUAUCUAUCACUCCUUCAUACAUUUUUAUUCAAUAGAGAAAGCAAUUAAAAUUUGACCAGCCAUGACUGCAAAAUUGUACUAUAGCCAAGUGAGUCCUUCAUCAAGAGCUGUUUUGAUGUGUGCGAAAGCUAUUGGAUUAGAUCUGGUCAUAAUACAACUCAACAUCUUCAAUGGUGAACAGCAUAAUCCAGAAUUUAAAAAGUUAAAUCCCCUACACACAAUUCCCACUCUAGAUGACAAUGGUUUUGUACUAUAUGACAGCCAUGCAAUUAUGGCAUACCUAGUAGGAAAAUACGCUAAAGACAAGUCACUAUAUCCGGAGGAUUUACAAAAACGCGCCAUUAUCGAUCAAAGAUUACAUUUUGAUUCUGGUAUCCUAUUUGCCAGACAUCUCCGUGCAGGGGUGUCUAUACUUAGAGGAGCGAAAACAGUUGCCGAGGAACAUGUGGAAGCAUACAAAGAAGCAUACGGAUUUGUUGAGACUUUCCUGCAGGAUAAUAAAUACAUAGCAGGAGAUAGCUUGUCCAUCGCUGAUUUAAGUAUACUCAACACAAUAACAAAUGCCAAUAUCCUGGUGCCAGUCGAUGAGGGUACUUAUCCUAAAAUUACGGCUUGGAUAAAGCUUCUCAAAACUCUUCCUUAUUAUGAGAUAACCCAAGCCGGUGCAGAUGUUGUAAAAUCUUUCAUAAAAAAUAAAUUAGAACCUGUAAGUCAGUCUACAAUCAGUAGAAUUGAGGCUAAGUGGAGAGAGACUGGAACUGUUAAGGAUCUUGGCAAACCUGGUAGGCCCGGCGUUCCUAAUGACAAAAAACUGGAUAUCCUGGUUUCAUUAAACGAAAAUCCUAACCUCUCAAGUACUCAGCUCGCUUUAGAUAAUACAGUUCAUAGAUCGACUGUAACAAAAUUUUUAAAGAAGGAAAAGUGGCACCCUUAUAAAAUUCAAUUACUUCAAGAGCUACUUGAAGAUGAUCCAGAUCGCAGAAACGAGUUUUGCCAGACCAUGACCGAAAGAACUGAUAAUAACCCUAGACUAGUAAAACAGAUAUGCUUUUCAGACGAGGCAACGUUUUGUUUGAAUGGAGAAGUAAAUAGGCAAAAUUUUAGGUACUGGGCACCAGCAAAUCCACACUGGUUUACGGAAAGUCAUUCUCAGUAUAAUGAAAAGGUGAAUGUAUGGGCAGGGAUUAUUAAUAACAGAGUAAUAGGACCAUACUUCUUUGAAGGAUCUUUGACGGGAGAACGUUAUCAUGACUUUUUAGUAAACGACUUGAUUCCAGCACUGGCGACACUGUAUCCUGAUGAAAAUAUGCCAGACAUGCCAAACCAAGCGUUAUGGUUUCAACAGGACGGGGCACCGCCCCAUUAUGCUGCGAUUCGUUCACUAAUGGCUCCAAAAUUAUAUUAUGAUCCAGUGAGCCCCUCAUCAAGGGCUACCUUAAUGUGUGCAAAGGCGAUCGGCUUAGAUAUGGACUUAGUACAAGUUAGUGUUUACAAAGGGGAGCAACACAAUCCAGAAUUCAUAAAGUUAAAUCCCCUGCACAGUGUACCUACACUGGAUGACAAUGGUUUUGUACUAUAUGACAGCCAUGCAAUUAUGGCAUACCUGGUAGGAAAAUACGCUAAAGAUAAGUCACUAUAUCCGGAGGAUUUGCGAAGAAGAGCAAUUAUUGAUCAAAGACUUCAUUUUGACUCUGGUGUUCUCUUCGCUAGACAUGCCUGCGCUGUGUUAUCCAUUCUUAAGGGACAGAAACCAGUUGGUGAAGAACAUGUGAAGGCCGUGAACGAAGCGUAUGGUUUUAUCGAAAUUUUCCUGCAACACAAUAAAUACGUAGCAGGUGACAGUUUGUCCAUCGCCGAUUUUAGUAUACUUACCACUAUCUCAAACGCCAAUGUUCUGAUACCAUUUAAUGAGAGUACUUAUCCUAAACUUACAGCUUGGAGAAACCUACUUAAAAUUCUGCCUUAUUAUGAAAUAAAUCAAAUCGGCUUGGAGGCUUUUAUAUCUGUUAUGAGAAGUAAAUUGUCAUAGAAUGCUAUAGUAGUACAAACCUUAUAGAAGUAACAACAUUCUUAAAAUGUAAUUAUAGAGUAAAUUAAUAUAACAUGAUUUAUA